ACGAGUUUCACUGUGUUUUUCCAUUUGAAUUUGAAAAAAUCACACCCAACUUACUGUCUCUCAUUUCAAUUCAAAGCUUCUUCCUCAUUCUCAAUCCCUAAUUCUUUUUCGAAUCGCGAGUAGCUGAAGCUCAAUCGCAUUCUCAAUUGAGAUCUGUUGCAUUUUCUCUACUUUUUUUUUCCGUUAAGAGUAUAAGAUGGCGACAAUGGAGAGUUUGAUUGGAUUGGUAAACAGAAUACAGAGGGCUUGCACCGCCCUCGGAGACUACGGCGGCGGCGAUCAGGCUUUCUCCUCGCUCUGGGACGCUCUCCCCUCCGUUGCCGUUGUCGGUGGUCAGAGUUCAGGGAAGUCUUCGGUUUUGGAGAGCAUAGUAGGGCGUGAUUUUCUUCCUCGAGGAUCUGGAAUCGUUACGAGAAGACCACUGGUGUUGCAACUGCAGAAAACGGAAGAUGGGAAGGAGUAUGCAGAAUUUGGCCAUUUGCCUAGGAGGCGAUUCUCUGAUUUUGCUUCGGUUCGUAAGGAAAUUGAGGAUGAAACUGAUAGAAUCACAGGAAAGACAAAACAGAUUUCUCCAGUUCCUAUUCACCUCAGUAUCUAUUCUCCCAAUGUUGUCAACUUAACUCUGAUUGAUCUUCCGGGUUUAACGAAAGUUGCUGUUGAGGGGCAAGCUCAAAGUAUAGUCGAAGACAUUGAGAAUAUGGUUCGCUCUUAUGUUGAGAAGCCCAAUUGCAUCAUACUGGCAAUUUCUCCCGCAAACCAAGAUAUUGCGACAUCAGAUGCAAUUAAAAUUGCAAGGGAAGUGGAUCCAUCAGGUGAUCGUACAUUUGGAGUGCUUACAAAGCUUGAUCUGAUGGACAAAGGAACCAAUGCGGUCGAUGUUCUGGAGGGAAGAUCCUAUCGUUUACAACAUCCCUGGGUGGGUAUUGUGAAUCGUUCACAAGCAGAUAUAAACAAAAAUGUUGAUAUGAUGGCUGCUAGGAGAAAGGAGCGCGAGUACUUUGCUACAAGUCCUGACUAUGGGCAUUUGGCUAGUAAAAUGGGUUCUGAAUAUCUGGCAAAGCUGCUCUCUAGGCAUUUAGAAUCUGUAAUCAGAGCAAGAAUUCCAAGUAUAACUUCCUUGAUCAACAAAAGUAUAGACGAACUUGAAGCUGAGAUGGACCACCUUGGAAGGCCUAUAGCGCUUGAUGCUGGGGCUCAAUUAUACACCAUAUUGGAACUUUGUCGUGCUUUUGACAAGAUAUUCAAGGAGCAUCUGGAUGGAGGCCGUCCCGGAGGUGAUCGAAUUUACGGAGUUUUUGACAAUCAGCUGCCAGCUGCAUUGAAAAAACUUCCAUUUGAUCGCCAUCUUUCAGUGCAGAACGUGAGAAAAAUUGUCUCAGAAGCGGAUGGUUACCAACCACACUUGAUUGCUCCUGAACAAGGUUAUCGACGGCUUAUUGAAGGAUCACUAAAUUAUUUUAGGGGACCUGCUGAAGCUUCUGUAGAUGCUGUUCACCUUGUAUUGAAGGAGCUUGUCAGGAAGUCAAUUGGCGAGUGCCAGGAGUUGAAACGGUUCCCAACUCUACAAUCAACUAUAGCUGGAGCAGCAAAUGAAUCAUUGGAGAGGUUCCGUGAGGAAAGCAAGAAAACAGUUGUUAGAUUGGUUGAUAUGGAAUCUUCAGUUGAAUAUACCUCCCACAGCCAAGAACUAGAAUCUCUGAGGUCAACAGAGGCCGGAUUCAGCUAUCAACACAAAUAA